UAACAAACAAACAAAAACAAUCAAAACACAGGAAGAUAUGGUUUAGUGUAUAAACAGCUGAAGAUAUAUCUGUCAAACAAACAGACAGACAGAUAGAGUAAUUGAAAAGACAUUAUCCGCCGCCGUAUUGAAGACAUGUCGGGUAAACAAAGAAACCGCAAAAGUGGUAACAAGUCGUCAAAAAAGCGUCGCUCAGUACCGCCGCCGCCGUCAUCGGCGCCAGUGGUGGUGAACGUCGAGGACGCGAUGCGUGCCAUCUUUGACGACUCGCAACGUCUCGACAAACAUACCGAAUGUUUGGUCCGGUUGUCGUGUCUUCAGCGACAAUAUACGAAAAACAAGCGAUCGAUCAAAGAGUUCUACAGAGAGCUGAUCCGCGACGUAAAGUAUUCGCUAUGGGUUCCCGAUAGCCGAUCGCCGUACACACAAAAUACUAUAGCUUUUAUUGUCAAAUAUUUGUUGACAUUUCCGGCAACCAUUGAAAUUGAUCCGACGGUUAACGGCCGCGCCGGUAGAGGCGAUGACGGCAACGGCGGAUAUUUGACGCUCAACGGCGACAACGACGAGUUGCGACACGAAUUGAUUAAUGCCAUACUCGAAGAUGUGGUCAUACCGUAUACCAACUCAACAAAAGUUGAAUGCCGUCUGAAUUCCUGUUUUUUAAUCCGAUUGCUGUCCGACGAGUUGGACGACAUCAGCGAAGAUAUGUUUGAAAAGAUUAGAAAAGCAUUACUCGACCGAACUGUCGAUAAAGUGACGUCAGUCAGAGCGGCCGCUAUUAUGGCUUUACAUCGGUUUCAAGAUUCCAGUAAUGACAACGAUCUGGUGAUUCUGGCCAUACAUUUCCAUUUGGACUACGAUCCGGAUCCCGAAGUUCGUCACAAUUGUUUGAAAUCGAUGGCCGCUUUGCAGCAAAGUUUAACACAUUUUGUUGGCGCCACUCGUGAUGUCAAAGAUUUUAUCCGCAAAACUGCUUACAAUCAAAUUGCAUCCAAACUGCAGAUGAAAUGCUUUACUAUUGAACAACGGCUGACAAUAUUGAAGAACGGUCUCAAAGACCGCAGUCCAGCCGUCAGGAAAGUUGUCGAAUCGGUUCUAAUUCCUUCGUGGGUCAAGAGUUGCGACAAUAAUUUGGUUCAACUGUUGAUUGCUUUGGACAUCCAAACAGAUAUCGAAUUAAUCGAGAAGAUGUUAAUCAUAUAUUUUAAGCAUUUGUUGAGUGAAAAACUCGGUGACGACGACAACAAACCAAAGACAAGUUUUCAUCAGUUGGUCGAAGAGUUUUGUGCACAAAAUCUGACAAAAGAACGUCUGUUUAGUGUUUCGUUAAAUGUCGAGAAUAUCUUUUUGUGGCGAUUUUUAUGCGAGUUUUGUCAAUCAAAUAAAAUUGCGACCAAAGAUAUUAAAACUAACGUUUCAUCGCCACCAUCAUCACCACCACCACAACCGAUGACUGAAUCCAAUGAUCCGAUCGAUACUACCGGUAAUAAUACUGUAUCUGACGAUCAGUUUAAUGUUGUUCAACAAUUUUCUGCAACCAAUGAUAUUGAUUACAAUGACAAUGAGUGCCAAAAUUUAUCACCCGAUGAAUCCAAUGUACAAAAUGUUGACUUAUUUGAUCUACUAGUGCCUGAAGUACCACUAUUUUAUUCAUAUCUUGAAAAAUUCAUGACUAAUGUCAUCGAACAGGACUUGUCGAUGGAAGACGCGCUGGACUUUGAAUUUAUUUUCAAUCAAUUUAUGAAAGUCUCACUACUGUUGGACAUUGGAGACGAAGCCCAAAGAAAAAUGUUGAUUAAGUCUCUGAGAGUUAUACUGAUGAACGAUGCGAUUGGCUAUAAAUUUCUCAAUUAUGUCGCACCGGUUAUGAAAUGUUUGGCCCGAAAAGGUUUUACCGAUAAUAUAACUUUUCUGGAUUUUACUGUCGAAAUAAUUAGCGAAAUAUUCAAUGCUAUCGGCGCCGCAUCAGAUGACUUGGAUUCGAUUGCCGAAGAAACUGCUGGUCGCGAACUUGAAGACCAAAAAAACAAAUUGAUUGAAAUGAUUGAUAAAUUGAGAAUUGAAUUACAAGAAAUGGAUGGCAAUGAUGAUGAAAGAAGAGAGUCGGAAAAGACACAAGAAAUUAAUGUCAAACUAACUGAUUGUCAACAGGAGCUGAACGCCAUUCAGGACAAGAUAUCGGCCACUAAUAACAUAUCAUUUUCACAAUCAUCGCAAACAUCAUCGCUACAGAUAAGCACCAGAACAUCAUCGUUGCCAUCAUUUACUGAUCACCCGAAGUCACUGAUGCGAUGUCUUCAUAUGUUUUCAAGUUGUCUUGAAUUCAGUGACUUUAGUCAAGUAAACGCAGUUAUGCAGACACACAUCGAGAAAGUGUGUUUGCCAGGAUUUCUCAGCGAUGAUGUGUCUGUCCGACGGGCGGCCACCCGUUGUCUCGGUUUAGUCUGUCUGACGUGUCCUCAAUAUUUCAAAAAAUAUUUACAUCUAUUAAUUGAAAUUUUUCUCAAAGACGUUGUUGUAAUCAAAAUGAUUGCAUUGCAAAGCAUUUUUGAUUCACUUUGUGAACACGGAAUCAAUAUAUUUGAUGAUAAAAAAGACAAAAACGGCGACAAAACCGAAGAUAACUCGUAUAUCCGACAAUUGGCUUUCGACGACAGCGAUGAAGAUUUCAUAACAUCACUGAAACAGUUCUUCUAUACACAACUCGAAUCGGAUUUGUUUGAAAUCAAACAGACGGCCGUUCAGGGCGUCUCCAAACUCUUAAUACACUGUCGUAUGUAUUCGCCUGAAUUGUUGGCCAAAUUGAUACUGAUUUGGUUUACACCCGACGAAAACCAAAUACUCGUUCAAUUUAUCGGCGAUUUUUUGCGUUUGUAUGCAUUGGCUGAAUCUCAGGGCGUCAUUGUUGGCCAAUCGGCUAUCGAAGAGUCAUUUAUGAUAACUGUUCAAACAUUGUACGAUCAGCGCAUGAAAAAUAUUAAUUACGAAAAUUUGAUCAAAUUUUUUCUGAAUUUAAUUAACGACGAAAGCCACCCGAAGUUGGCCACMGAUUUGACUAAACGAAUGAUUGAUUGCGAGCCGCAAGACAUUAAGUUUGCCGAAGACUAUCUAUUGCCGGCAGUCGUUCACUUGAAUCUGAUUCCAAUGAAUGCCAAAGAGUUGAAUCAUUUUGAAUACAAUAUGAAGAUUAUUGUCAACAAAUUUGAGUCAUCAAAGUCCAAGAUUGUCAAGAAAAAGUUGUCGACAAUAAUGAACAGAAUAGGCGAUCGAAAGGAACUAAUGACUGCUAACGAAGCUUUUGAACGUGACUUCGAAGCUAUUGAUGAUAACGAUAAUGACGACGAGGUUUUAGUCGAAAUUGGUGACCAAAACACCGAAGCAAAUGUUGACUUAAACGUUGGUCACGACUCUGACGGCGGCGAAAGUUUCAAGACUUGUCCCGAAAGUCAAAGUCCGCCUCAAAAGAAGAGACGAAUGACUUCGGACAAUGAAAAUGACUUUUUCGAGGCCAACGAUAGCGAGUUGGAUAUGACUGAGACUGUGACCAAUGAAACUGUCGAACCAGUAGCCGAUGAUAACAUUGUUAUUGAUAAUACAGAUACUAAUAAAAACAAUAUUAAUGAUAGUAUUGUAGAUAAUACUGAAGAUAAUAAUGAUGACAAUGAAGACAAUAUUAUUGAUAAUAUUGAAAAUGAUAGCAAUAUUGAAGACAUUAUUGAUAAUGCUAUCGAAGAUUUAGAUAAUUUUGAUGAUCUACUAAUUGAUAGUACAAAUAAUAUAGAAGAGGAAGAGAUGCCAAAAAUCAAUGAUAAUGUUGACGACACACAACUAGAUGACGAGCUAAUGCAUGUCGAUUAA